AUUUUUUUGACAAGUUUGUAUUUUUCCAUCUCUUGUAGCUGAGCUUAGAUCGGCUUACUCUGUUCUCGUGUCCUUAAAGGAAUUAGGGUUUUUUGGUCUGCUUCGAUGGAUGUGGAUCAAGAGAUGGGUCAAACUCCUCCUCGAUUUGAUGGUGAACAAAUUUCAAUGAGUGAUAAUAACAAGGAGACUGAACCAGUCCCGGUUGAGAAAGAGGACUUAAGGGAAAACGGAUUAGAUAAGGAAGGUGAUGGUGAUCAUCAUGCGAAGUUAAAUGGCAACAGAAGCUCCUUUACUCCAGGGGGAACCGAUCUGAAUCAACUCCCGGCGAUUCCACCGGUUUCUAGUGGUCAAGGUUUGCCGUUUGCACCUGUCGAUUUCCCGAGCCCUGGCGAUGUUUGGACUUGGAGAGUUGGGAGGAGAGUGAAUAAUACCGGUUUCCAUAAGGAUCGGUUUCUCAUUCUACCGGAGAGGCUUAAGGGAAAGGACACACCCAAAUCUUUCGCAAGCAAAAACACUAUUUCGCAGUUUCUUGAAACGAAUUUCCCUGAUAUGGAUGCUAAUUCAUUCUUUGCAUCUUUUAGCUGGACUAUUCCGGCUUUGCUUCAGCCCGCAGAUAGAGUUGAUGCUGCGUCUUUGUUUGAAGAGACAUCCAAAGAAGGACAGAAUCAAGAUGAGAAUGCUGAGGGUGGGGAAAAAGAAGGAAGGACUUCGCGUUACAGCCAGAGGAAGAGGAAACUGGCGCAGGCACAGACUUCUGAACCUGUCGAACAGAAACCUAAAGAAACACCGCGAACUAGCAGUAGGAAAAAGACAGCCAUAACAACUCCAGCCACCAAACAGAAUUCAGCCCGGCAAUCCUCCUCGAGACGUUCCACAAGACAGCAACAAGGUGAUGUGGUUGAAUUGGACGAAGAAGACCAGCAACCAGAUGCAAAGAAGAACAGCAAGAGAAUGAAGAAACACAGAGGUAACUUUGCAGAGGAAGAGGAAGAAGCUUCGGUUCCUCAUAUCUAUGUUUCUUCUAUGAAUGGUGUCCUUGCGGUCUCCCAUGCUCCUGUGGAUAUAAACCCAGAAGAGUUUGACAGUUAUCUGAACUCUCUAGAUAACCUUCUUCAGCAACAGCCUUCAGAAGCGGGACAUGAGUCUUCAUCAUCUCUUCAUGUUAAUGCGAGCUCUCCAGUGAACGAAUAUGAAUGGGCAGAAGCUCGAAUGAAGCUUUCGUCGCUUCUGGAAAAAGAUUUCUCUUCCUUGUUCAUGUCUAAUGAAGCUGUAGAGAUAGCAAGCUUGGCAGCUAAACUCAAAAAAGAUCCAAGCCUUUCAGCUGAAGAAAUAGUGAGGUUGAAGCUAAUUGAAGAGAUUCCUACUUUCAGCGAAGUUUUUCAGGAGAACAAAAACGUGAUAGAAGAUGCAAACAGGUUCUUCUCCGCUCUCGAGCUUAACAAAGCCAAAGUCGCAUCUCUCAAGUACGAAUACAGCGACUUAAAGGAGAAGCUAGGCAAUAUCCAAACAGAAGUCGACACAAACUCCGAGUCAAUCCGCCAAAUUGAUGAGCAAAUCGCCCAGCUUCAAGCUAGAAGGACCGAGCUGACCCGAUGCAUCAGUAACAAAGAGAAAGAGAAGGUUGAUCUAAGAUAUGGUCAGAAGAUGGUUGCAAACUCAAUCCCUAAAGUGGUACAAGAAGUUCAAGCUGCUAACUCAAAGAAACCUGAUUGGGAAAUGAAGAAAGACAAUGCUCUUAAACGUGAAGCAGAGAUCCUCGAUAAAUUCUCCUCUCUCAAAGGAUUUUAUCUCUAAACCAUCAUAGGUUAUAUAUGCGUUGCAUAAGGCCAACAAAACUCCAGUAACGUAUAAAAAAAUUUCAUAAACUCUCUGCAACUCCAAUGUUAAACAAUAGCAACUAAAAAGA